ACACACACACACACACACACACACACACACACUACCCAGCAGCUGAAACUGUUCCUGACUCCACGGAGCAGCAGUAGAUCCACACACUGCUCCAGGACACAGGAAUCCAGAAGCAGCUCCUCUCAGCUCCAGACAGACAGCUGGUGAACAGAACCAGGUCAAAGGUCCUAAAGCUUCUGCUUGUUGGCAUUUAAAAGGAUCUUUGCUCAGUUUACCUGACAAAAGGUACAUUGGUCCCACAGUGGCAGGGGGUGAGGUCAGAAGUCCAAGACAGAGCCAUGCUGUCUCUGAGCUGUGCCCAGCCCUGGCCCGAAGGUUCUGUGGUUCUGGAAGAGGAGCAGGUGGUGAUGGCUGCAGCCCAGGCUGAGCAGCAGGAAGCAGGAACCUGCAGCACCAACAUCAGUCUGGAUGACAGCCUGACCAGCCUGCAGUGGCUGCAGGACUUCUCCAUCCUCGGUCCRGCCCAGGUUCCACAGCAGAACCAUCAGCAGUUCUUCUGUCAGCAGCUGGGCCCCGACGCCCCUGCCUCCCCCAUGGCUGGGGACCCUGCCUCCAUUGGGAUGCCCUUGACCCCUGGCAAGCCCACAGCGGCGGCCUACAGCAGGCUGCAGACCCUGUCAGGCAUUGUGGCGCGUGGGCACUGUCCAGAUGAAGUGGACUACAAGAGCAACGCUCACAUCAAGCCGCCAUAUUCCUACGCCACCCUCAUCUGCAUGGCCAUGCAGAACUCUAUCAGACACAACCUGUCACUCAACAAGUGUUUCAUCAAGGUGCCACGGCAGAAGGAUGAGCCGGGGAAGGGGGGCUUCUGGAAGAUCGACCCACAGUAUGCUGAACGCCUCCUCAGUGGCACCUACAAGAAGAAACGGGUGCCUCCGGUCCAGAUCAACCCGGCCCUGCAGAACCACCUAAGUGGCUGCUGGCAAACACAGUCUACUUCUUCUGGAGGGGGGCCAGUUGGACUGUGUCCCACCCUGGAGUCCCAGCAGCUCCUACCAGAGUUGGAGCAAAUGACUGGAGAUGAUCAGAAAUGGGACCCCCAUCUGGCUGAGGGGACCAUGCUGGGAUCCUGGCCAGUGGUCAGGGGACGAGGUGGACCCAGGAGGAAACAGUUUUUGGGUUCCAGAAAUGGCAGCAUGAAAGCUGUGCGGCGCUGCAGCUCCCCUCUGCUGUGUGUGGACGAGCAGAAGGAGGAUGGACCUCUGAAGGGACACUUUGACUGGGACACUCUGCUGGACUCGGCCCUCAGUGGGGACCUCAGUCUGGAUGGAGGGGAACCUCUGAGCCCCAUCAUGAAGGAAGCUGAGGUGACGGUGAGGGGGACCCACAUCUCAGCGUCUGAAGCCCCCGCAGGGACUGAGGACCAAAGAAACAGCAACCUUCCUGACAUGGAUGAAGAGACCUUCCUGGCCACAGCUUUCCUGGAGACACCUUGGCCCGAAGAGGAGGGGGAGGGGCACGGCCACGCUGACUUCAUCUGCUCCUCUGCCGUCAACCUGGACCAGUUAUUUGACCUCGGAGACUCGUUAAACGUGGACACCAGCAGCCAGGUUGAGCCCCUCCUUUAAGGAAUAAUUUAGGAUCGUCCUUUCAAAGUAAAGUGAACACAACAGGGAAAUAACUGACAUUUUUCUUUUUGUACCCAAAUACAAUCUUUAGGACUGUUUCAAUAUGUUUGAAGUGUUUGAAAACAUUUUGAUCAAAUUAUUUUUCCAACGUCUCCACAAAGUUGCCACAAGCAGAAACAGAUGCUUUUAUUGUGAAGAGACCUGUUUGUCUUUCAGCUGUUUGCUUCUUUGCCAGCUUGUAAACUCAGACGACACUUUUAGUGAAUUGUUUUACGCUGGACGUCCUUCCUGAUGUUACCUGGGCUCAAAGCUUGUUGUAGAGAAGCUGAAGCCUCUAAAAGAGCAGGUUUCAUUAGAAGAACAUGUCAAACAAACACAAUUUAUAACUUUUAGUAUUUAAAGGCUUUGGAAUAAAUAGUCUCAUAUUUCACUCCUUGUGAGUUUUUUGUACUUAAUGAAUUUUAUUUUAGGGUUAAGUUAAAAAUUUGAUUAUCAAGAGUUUAUUGAAAAAACAUCUUUUCUAAAACAACCUUUUUCUCACUCAGGUAAACAAAUAUUUGCUUUUAAAACCAGCUAACUUGUAGCUAAAGUUUUAUUUUGAAACAUUGUUCUAUUUUUUAACAAUCAGAACAAUGAGAAAAAGUACUGUGAGUUCCUGCAGUUCGAUCUUAGAGUCCAGUGUUUAAUCAGAAACUCGUCGGUCCAGGUCCGGUCAAAUCGUGAAGAACUUUUGAUGUUUCUUCUGAUUGGUCCGAUUCUGGAAGCCUUCAGUGAGCUGAGCUCAGGUCCAGAAGAAGAAAGGAUGUUGGAUUCUGAUCUUUGGAGCUGAGACCCACAUGAGUUCAUUUUCUACAACAAAAUCAUUUAAAAAACAUGUUUAGAAACUGUAGCAUCAAAAAUCCCAAACUUUAGGUUUGCUUCGUUCUGCUGAGACAUUUUAUUUUCUGGAGAAUCAAACUGAACAAUUGUUGUGAAUAAAAGCAAACUGGUGAUAGUUUCAUUUAGACAAACUGGUGUCCAGGCCUUCCAGUCAACACAACUGGUUUUCUGUGGACUUUGGAAAAGUUUUGUGUUUAAUUGAGGAGAAGAAGAACUUGAAGAUCUGGACAAUGUGAGGCCAACACAACUUACUUGUUGUGAAACUAAAAACUGCACCAGGUCCAUUUCCAUAAAAACACAUAUUUGCCAACAUUUUGUCAAAGAUUGGUUUGGUUUGUGUGGGUUUUUCAUGAUCUAAUCUUUCUCUUUGUUUUUUUUAACAAAAGACAUAUUUGACCACUUUUACAGGAUGAGUUUUAACAGACUUGGAUUUCUUAGACUUUACUUUCUUUUUCCUGUAACUUUUUAAGUAAACAGUAGAUCUAAGUUUUGAGGACAGAAAACAGCUUGAGGCAGAAUCCUCCAACAAUUAGAAGAUUAAAGUGUUUUUUAAGAGUGCUGUGUAAAUGAGUAGCUGACCUUCAAUGUGCCAACAGCAACAGUGAGGCAAGUUUUCUAAUGUUGGUUUUUCAGUGGAGGAAGGAGAAAAUGAGUGUUUUAAACCUACCUGAGGUCAUUCAUCAGAGAUGACACUCAGCUGGAGGAGAAGACAUGUUAAUGUCUGUGUAUUUUCAUGUGCUAACAAACUUUAAAGUACUUUGUAAAAACUAACUGUGCAUUAGUACUCCUCAGUCAAACAUUUAAAUUACACCUUAUCUCAUGACUAGCUUUGAGUAAAUGACCAUGUCAGAUUUUUAUCUACUUUGAUAAUGAAACACUUGCAACAUUUUUUAAAUUAAAAGAUUUUCUUUCA